AUGGGGGGCAGCGCCGAGGACGGGGGUGACAAAGAGGUGAAAGCCGAAGCCAACACGGAAGAGACCAUCGAAGAGGACAAGGAAGGAGAGGAGAACACCAACGGGGAAGCCGGACCAAACGAGAAUGACUCAAUGGAAGCCGAUAAGCUGAUGGCAACGUUGGACAGCCAAGAAACGGUAGCCAAAGCGGGGCCGACCCCCAGGAAAGCUCCGAGAUUUAAACAGAGGAAGUCCAAAGAGUUUAAAAGCAGACCUCCGAAAAAGGGAGUUUUAGGUUUUGGAGAUGAAAUUCCAGGAAUGGACGGACUAGGAACAGAUAUCAAUGUUAUAUGUCCUUGGGAGGCGUUCAACCACCUGGAGUUGCAUGAACUGUCGCAGUUCGGGAUCAUCUGACCAUCAGUAUUUAUCAGUUCGGCUCUUUUUG